AUGGCGACCAAACGACUCCUCCCCCUCACGCGGUUCACCCAACCUCUCCGCCGUCCAUACCACUCCUACACGCACCCCGCCCCCCCAGGUCCCUUCAACGAGAUCGAACGCAGCAUCCUCUCCAGCGCCGCAAAACAUAUCCCAUCGCAUGGCUUCACCAGCACAUCCCUAGCCCUCGGCUGUUCCGACGCAGGCUACAUCGCCGCGUCGACGAAUCUCUUCCCGAAAGCCGCGUUUAGUCUGGUGGAAUGGCAUUUACUGGCGCAGCGAGAGGCUCUGAAAGGGGAGGUGGAUGCUAUUGCAGGGGAUGGGGCGAAACCGAUGGGUGUGGGCGCGAAGGUUAAGGAGUUGACGUGGAGGAGGUUGAUGGGUAAUGAGGAGGUUAUACAUAGAUGGCAAGAGGCGUUAGCGCUGCUAGCCUCUCAUCCAAGUACCUCGAUCCACGAGCUAGCGCUGCUUUCGGAUGAGAUAUGGUUCCUCUCAGGCGAUGUCUCGGUCGAUACCUCUUGGUAUACGAAAAGAGCUUCUUUAUCGACGAUUUACGCUGCGACGGAAUUGUUCAUGACGACUGAUAAAUCGGUUGGAUUUCAGGAAACGAGGGAGUUCAUGGAACGGAGGUUUGAAGAUGGAAGAAGUAUAGGAAGCACGCUUGGAAGCGUCGGACAAUGGGUUGGGUUUACUGCACAUGCUGGACUAAAUGUUUUGAGAAGCAAGGGAGUCAGGAUAUGA